AAUAGCUGUCGUGACAAGCGUAGCAGGGCUCAAAGCCCGGGCUUGGCGCUUGGCUGUUGGCUGCAUAGUUCCAUCGCAGUGUGCUGUGCUUGUGUUUUAUGUGAAACAAGUGACAGACGUCCUGUCAAUAAUCAAGCAAUCGCUGCAUCGGCCGGCAUGUGUUAAUGAGUGGGCUGUGAUCAACGGCUACUGUGAUUUGUGAAGUGGUGAAGUCGUACAUGUGAAAUUGUUUAGGUGUCUGAUACCGACCCGAGUGGGGAAAUGAAAAUUUCAAUGUCGGUGAAAACGGAGUACCGACUGACGGCCGACCAUAACUACUCUCUAGUGCGGGAAAAGUAUUAGCAGCAGGACACUGUGAGCAGUGUUCGUAGUUUAUUGUGCAGUGUAACGCGUCAGAAUAAAGGCAGUGGCGUGCUGUAGGGAUGGGAGCGGGCGGGAGCUAACGGUGGAGGAUGCUGGGAGGCGUAGGGGCGGCCGGCAGUGCGGUCUCUGCUCGCUGGUCGCCCGCGCCUUCCGCAGAGCUGUGUGUGGAGCACCGAGUCGAAGAGGGAGCGGAGAAUCAUAUCAAGAGCUUACGACGCCGCUAGCCGAAGAAGAAAAAAAAACUGAGGGAGUUUCGAUCAACAUUAAUGACCAAAACGCAAUGUACAUCAAGAUGGUGGGACCAGUUGAAGUUCCAACUUUGACGCGGUGUUUUUCCAAAGAAGACUGGGUACUUUUAGAUGCAAUGGGUUCUAGUCCUUCUCUAGGCUGCUCUGGGAGAUUUCUCACAAUGCACAAAAGACGUCGCAAAAAACUUGCUACUCGAUCUUUAUCACAAGAUCACGCAAUACUUGAUGACAUUCAUCAUGGACUAGUUCAGCGAAUUUUGGACCGAGUUGGCCUGUGGGGCUUCAACGCUUUUACGUUGGAGACCGUGGCCGGCGGCCGAGCACUGCCUGUCCUUUGUGUCCAUUUGUUCCAUUGGUACGGAUUGUUGGAUUACUUCCAGUUGGACGUAGUCCGUGUAUGGAAACUUUUCACUCUCAUUGAAGAAGGAUACCACAGUACGAAUCCUUACCACAAUUCAAUCCAUGCGACUGAUGUAACACAAGCAAUGCAUUGCUUCCUGCAAGAGGAAAAAAUUCGAAAGCAUCUCUCGGAACUGGAAAUAAUGGCAGCUUUGAUAGGUGCAGUUGCUCACGACUUGGACCAUCCAGGUGUCAAUCAGCACUUCCUCAUUUCAACGUCGAAUCAUCUUGCCAUUCUGUACCAAAACACGUCGGUAUUAGAGAAUCACCACUGGAGAUCGGCUGUUGGCUGUCUGUUAGAGAGCGGGGUGGCCGAACAGCUACUGCCUCACAGAAGUAAGCUCGAAUUGCAAAUACGUGAUCUCAUAUUAGCCACUGAUAUUAAUAGACAAAACGAGUUUUUAACAAAAUUCAAGGCAUAUUUAGACGAAGGUAGUUUAGAUUUAACCAAAACGACAGACAGACAUUUCAUACUGCAAAUUGCUCUGAAGUGUGCAGACAUCUCAAACCCCACCCGACCCUGGGACAUCUCUCACAAAUGGAGCUUAAAAGUCUGCGACGAGUUUUUCAGACAGGGCGAAUUCGAAAGAAAACUAAAUCUUCCAGUUACUUCCAUUUGCGAUCAACAAUCGACUUCAGUUGCCAAAAUACAAGUCGGUUUCUUCCGCUACGUGGUAAAACCUUUGUUUUCUGAAUGGCACCGGUUUCUUAAAAGCACACUUUCAACUCAUAUGAUGGAAAUUUUAGAAGCCAACCGGAAACGAUGGGAAAAACAAGAAAGCGCGGAACAGGCAGAGGAAACGCAAACUGAACUGUCAGACGCCGAGCCUGACGUUAGCGACGAUGAAGAGGCCACAAAGCAAUCGUCUGAAACUCCAAGUAUUAUGGAUUUCAUUCCGCCACCGAGAAGAGAAAUAAGAAGACAAUCAUUAGCUGUUCCAACGUUAGAACACACUUUAGGAGUAAGACGCCAUUCGGUCCCGGUUAACAUGGAGCCAUCACUGCCACGAACAAUCUACCGAAGAGAAAGCUUACCAACCGGGAGAGCUGCUUCAUCUGGACGGUCUCCAGUCAGUCCUGUCCAAAAUGAAUCCAGAACUUCCAGCGGACUUCGCGAGGAAGACGAACUCAUGAAAUUCGGUUCGCAAUCCUCUAUUAUAUCUUCCACAAGUCCGCAUCUUUCUUCAGGUGCGGAAGAUCAACCAGAGCGGCCUUUAAGUGCAGAAAAUUUGCUCCCAGAACCAAGCAUAGCCUCGAUGACGAGCAGUGCGGCAGCAAGCCGUCUCUCCUCAGUCUUGCAAGGCAAUUCGGUUGCUCCUCCGUCAAAGUGUUUAACAAGGCAGCAGACGUUUCCACCACCGCAGCCUUACGUGCGCAUGAGAUACAUGUCGGCAACGGUCGAAAUGUCCACUUGCACUGAAACCGUACACGAAGGUGAAAGUAGGUCCAAUUCAUCGCAUGGCUCACACGAAAACAUAUCAAACGUCCCCCAUUACACGAUCCCAGCUAUAGCGGUCCUAAGCCCGAAUAACAGCCGUUCGCCUGAUUUCUUGAUCCCGGAAGUUCCGCAUAAAUCAUCCCUGGCAGGCAAGCGCGAACAGGAGGCCAACAGCGAUAAGGAAAAAGUUUGCAAAAUGGUCAAGCUGUCCGACCCUGGGCAAAGAUACGAGAAGGAGAACGUGGAUCCGAGAAGAUUAACAACAACGUCGCUGGCCAGGCGGAGGGGCUCGGCCCCGGUGUCCUUGCCGCUGAGUGGUCCCGAUGACAGCGUGUCCUCUGCGGGCGGAGGAUUAUGUCUGUCUGAGACACAGACGCUGCGAAGGGGAUCAGUGCCAAUUGAAAUUGCUCACUAUCUGUACACCGCUUCAGAUUCAUACACGGAUGAGAAUUUAGAGCAAGUAAUAAACAUCACGCCUGUGGAGACAACUCGUUCCUUUUGGCAAUAUCAACGCAGGGGCUCCGCCCCCAUCGACUUGCCUCCAGCGGGCGGCGAACGACGGGAGCAACUCACCCGUCACACCAGCCUGAACGGCAAAUCUGGCCGAAGAAAGAAGCAAUUGCGUAGACGCAGCUCAGGCGGGCCUGAAACUGUCUGUCUACCCGAAUCGUCGCAUUCUGAAGGGUGUUCACGACUGCUACUGCGAAGACCUGAGAAUCCUGAUGCGCUGCUGGCUCGGCGAAGAGGAUCACUGCCUAUUGAAGUUUUGACUGUUGGACACUCCGUUGCAGGUAACCUGAGAUUGUGAAGUUGAUGAGGAGCGAUUUGCGGCUCCGCGAACAUAGUAUUUAAUGAUCGGCAAACAAAAACUAACUGUGAUUUUAUUUUCAAGUGUUUUGACGGUUGCCUCUAUCGCCAAUAGGGCUCUGGACAUCACCGUCCAAUGUGCAAUAAGGACCAACAUUCACUGACUGACAUCUUCACUAGUUAGCUCAUUAUUUAUAAUCAUCAAACAAGCCAAAUAAUCAUAAAUGUUCUAGUUGUCACAAUGAUUGUUAGGAUUUUUAUGUUUUACAUGCGCAGUGUAUGUGACGAUAGGUAGUUCUUCCCUAGAAACUAGACGUAGUAAUUUAUUUGCACUACGGUUGCGCAUAUUCAUCUAUUUAAUACUUAGUUCGUUAUGUACAAGUCUAAGUACCUUACAUGAAAAGUAUUUUAGUUGUAGUGUUGUUGAGUUUGUUACAGAUUUUGAAUGUGGUGCAAUCUUAGUGAUUUGAUAUGAAUAUAACUUUGAAUCAACUUUCUUGAUAUAUUAUAUUUGUAAUGAAACGACUGUUGCAAACCCCGACAGGAUGUUUACUCUGUGUUUUCUUUUUUAUAUAUUGUACAAUGUAUCGGACAUUUGCAAAGAUCACUAGUCGACAAUAUGUUCGCGUACAUUUCUUUCUCACACUUUACCACUUUUUUAGACAAUAUGCCGCGAUCUUUGCAAACGUUUCACUUAGUAUACCGUACCCUCUUGCAACAUUACUCUGUAAUAACUGUUGAAUGUGGUUCAUUUUAUAAUGUGCUGUAUACUGUAUGUUCGUAGUAGGUUGUUGCAGACGUAAUAAUCAAAAUUCCAUGACUUGUUAAGGGAUUUACGUUGACUCUGCAAAUAUUCGUAGGUACAUAGUUCUUUGAGGUAACGGAAUGUACUUUUAGAGAAUCAUAAUUAAGUUUUCUAGCGAACAAUAGUCUGUCUCUCCUUUAACACAUCCACUUUCUGGUGUCAUCUUGGGAUCAAUUAUAAUAUCCGCAUAAGACCACAAAUUCAUACACACAUAACUCAUACAUAGUUACUGGAAGUUGCAUAAGUGUGUGUUAAAUUGUACCCUAACAUACAACCGAUAGACUCCAGACACAAACAUUUCAGUGUUAUCAAAACUAUAUAAUUUCACUUUAGGACCAUACAGUUGAACUAACAGGGUUAAUAUAUGAUGUGUUUCAAUAAGACUGCUUAGAGAAUGACAUUAGGGAGGUAUACAGACAAAGGGUUAUAAGAAUCCUAUUGUUACGCUUAAAAUCUGAGUUCAACAUGAGUACUCAUCGUUUGUGAAAUGGUUGAUAAAUAAAUUCAUGUUUUUAAA